ACUUGAAGUAUUAACGUUUCGAUUGCCGGCGACAUAAUGACAUCACCCGAAUGACCUUCCUUAAAGCAUAUACGUCUUUUUAGGUAUAAAACUACUAGGUGCUUAAGCGAGCGUAUUAACAGCAUUUUAAUGAACAUGGAACCGUGCUUCACAUGCCGAUCAUGUGCAAAAGGUUGUCUAGGGUCCGGGGUCGGCUUCCAAGCCGCGGAUAAUCGUCACCUGGUCGAGCUCGACAACAUCGACGUGUCGAUUACGAACAGUUUCCCCAUAUUUGACAUGAACGGAAACUGCCACAACGUUUAUCUGCGUAACGACAUCGUCUCCCGGAUUGUUGCGCCCAAGUUUUAUCACAGCACAUUCCGAGGGCUACGAAUUGCCUUUUUCGAUAAGGUUUCGGAGGAGGACUGGUGGGAAUUCGACACCAAGAGACUUGGCGUCAAGUUCGAAUUUGUGGACAACAUCCACUUGUUAAACGGAAAGCUUGACGGCUACCUGCCAAUAUUCCAAAAGGGCGAAGGUACAGAGGAGUGGGAAGAGCAUUGCAGGGCGUCCGCAAAUAUCGAACUUAUGGGCAUCCACAAUGGCAUUAAACGUUCUUACCGCUACUUUGUCAGACGUUCCGUAUUGGAAAAUCACUUUAGCAGGAAACACACUGCCGACGAAAUUCAUUGGAUAUCGCGCAAACGAAAUGAGAUGCUGCGAGCGACCCUGGGGUCCGACUUCCCACCCUUCACAAACCACCACAGCUGGAGCUUGUCUGAGCAGAGGGAUCUCUUUCGGCUUCUUGAAAGGGAGACCCAAGCACGCUCUAGCCUAAAUCAAGCCCUACAAAACGUCGCUCAUCGAUUUCGACAGAUUCCCAACCACCAGGAAACAGAAACCUGGUCGAUCUUUGAGUUCUUCCUCCGUAUAGCGAAUAGAACAGCAGUUGAGGCGGAAACGCUGCCGCAGCAGGACGAGACUGAGACCAAUUUCGAACUGCCCAAUAUGAAGCGCGCGAUAUCAGAUGUGAUGCGCUACUUCCCCGAUUGGGGUCUCGCCGGCCGGCCCGGCUCUUUCGCCCAGUUUCUCAGGGUGGUUGGGUAUCGGAUCUACUGUCUAGGCUCGUAUACGGAGACACCGCUAACCUUUCGACGGUGGAUUUCGGCGUGGCACGCGACAGGUCUUACAGACCUUGAUCGGAUCAUGCGUCCUCCUAUCCAGGACUACUCUGGAUGUGCGGGACCUAGAUGGAAUGGCCGAUUGCACCUGGAGCCGCUCAAGGCCGCCUGCGAAGCUUGCCUCAACGACGGGGCCACCAUCUUCCAGAUAUAUCAGAGCUUUUUGAAGAUAAGGAAAAGGCAAGGCUCCGCGCACUUAGCCGAAAAGGUCUACCAACUAAUGGGCUUAGCCCCUGGUGGGCCGCCUCUCGUGAGGGUAGCAGGGUACUUUACAAGAAGUUGGCGCACUUGGAAAUGCACCGACGAUCCGUUUGUGCAAUACCUAUCACAAAAACAGCAAGCCGAGGGCAUUGUUCUCUCUCGCGCACCACGGCGCAAACGCCAAAUGCUCAAGCUGAGAUAUUCCCCGCCUACUCAAUUGAUUGCCCCCGACCCUCCGCGCAAGCGGCCGAGCUCAGACCUGGCAGCCUGGGUUGACGGCCUGGAUUGGGACGGUAUUGCAAGAAAGGCAGCUAGCGAACGCAACCACGCAAAAGCUACCUUAGAGAAAUACCCCUCGCUAACGCAGAGAAUCCUCACACAUCGCUUAUUUACGAACGCAGACGCAGAGCUUCUCUCUAAGCAUCUCGCCCAAACUCUCGAAAUUUAUGGAAAAGCCGGCUUCAGCCUCCUAGACCCUAGGUGGCAGCUGCUUAAGAAAACGGGUUUAGGCCGACAGGAACCUACGCUUCCCUGGGUUAUAUAUGGAGACGUCGAGGCUCUACAUUCCCCGAAAACGCGCGGUCCUGAUGAAUCAAAAACCCGAAUUUUCGCGUUUCACAUGCUCAAGGCAGACGCACCGCGUUGUGACCCUACAUGUCCACCUCAUAUGGAGGGACAUCUCUUCAUCACCAUAGACCACCGCAUGACCAUCCUCGAAGCCACCAUUGGAUGUCGACCCCUCAGCUACACAUACGUAAAAAAGCAAUACCGAACAGCAGACGUGAGCCAACGCACCUAUGGGACGUACGAGGCUGACGUCGCGGAUAGACUUAAGGAAUUCGGCAUUACGGAGGACAAACGACAAGAUGGGAUCAUGAUUUGCUAUACCGGAGGCCGUGGCGGAAGUAGUUGGGACUACCGGUGCUUGAGCGCGCUCCCUAACUGCCGGCCCCUACUCCCGUCCCCUUUAGACCCAGCACAUCUAUUUUCCCCUCUGGGCUGGUUUCCUUGGACAAGACUAAUAAUAGCCUUCAAAGCGCUUACACGGGACGAAGAAAAUCCAGAGCAACGUCAGUAUUACGAGUCGCUGGCGAAAAAUCAUCACUAUCCGUGGGCAGACAAUGAGAUGAGUCGAAUCGUCACGGAAAAGUUACUUCUAACUUAUUACCGGGAUGCUUAACUCGACUCUUCCAAGUAGCUGGUUGGGAGAGUGCCAGAACAGAGCUGCUCGGCGGUGGCCGGACGUGGGAUGAGCGCUGGUACGAGAGUUUGUAAGGUAGCUUGCUCAUAUUUACCGUUGAUGCUUGACAAUUGAUCAAUUUUAUCCGCGAUUUAUAAAUUUGUCCACGCCGAGCAAACAUCUCUCGCUCUCUCUCUCUCCUGCAAAAGUGCCUCUUGCU